AUUUCUCUGCCGGAGGAUCAGUGGUCGUUCUUUUGCUUACUUUAUCUUGUGUGGCUCAAGGUGUAUACUCUAAUAAUCUAAUAAAAAAUGACUGUCUAUGUCUUCCCCAGAGAUUGUCCAUGCUCCUGAGAGUACAACUGUGUUUCUAAGCCAACGGGCAGUUUUUACAUGUGAGACGAGAGGUGGCAUCACUUCGUGGAGAGUCAAUGGAACUCAGCGAGAAAUCCUUUUACCUGAAAUACGUAGUGAUCUAGUUGUCUCAGAGAGCACUACUCCUGAAGGGCAUUCGGUGCAGACUUUGACUAUCCCAGCUAGACCCCAGUACAAUGGAACUAGAAUUCAGUGUCUGUCUGUGAUAAUUGGUGGCCCCGUUGUGGAGAGUGACAAUGCCACAUUGACUAUUCCAGGGCCACCGAGGGCUGUACCUAAUCUGAGUGCCGUCAGCGAUGCUAGUUCAGUGACCAUCUCGUGGAGUGCUCCAUUCUCUCUGGAUGUGACUGGUGUUGGUCCUGAUAUCUGGUACUCUGUCCUCAUCUACAAUGUGACAGAUGAGAACAACCCAACAGCCAUCCUCUGUACUGACUGUAUCAAUAUCACUGAGACACACUACACCUUCACUCCUGACUACCUCAGUCUUGUCAUGUGUACAAUCCUCUGUCAUCCCUCUGAAUGGAUGCUGAGAGAGGAGUCCCAACAUUACUAUUACCAUUGUCGUAUCGAAGCUGUUUGUGAUGACGAUGUUGCAGUUACUUAUGAAUACAACGAGAUGGUAGAUGAGUACAUUCUUCAUGGAGUGUCAGAUAUGGACCUAAAAAAUAUUUCUUUGUCCUCCGACCAUGGAGUUUCAACAUACACACUCUCAGCAAACAAAAACUUUAGCAUAUUCUUUGAAGUGUUCACAGCUGGUGGACCUGUGAAUGUAUCUCAUGAUACCUUCACAACCUAUGAUGUUCAGAGUCUGUCAGUGGAGGAGGAGAGGAGGAGAGGAGGAGGAGUAUUAGUGAGAGGGAGUUCAUGAGUAGGUCACGAGCUGCAGGAUGUCUGGUGGUCUCCAGGGACCUCGCUCCUCUCCGGACAUAUUCAGAGCUCUCCUGACGACCCAGUCUCAGGACACUGUCUCCACCAAUGUACCUGUCCCUCCCUCCACUCACACUGUGUAUGGAUAUGACCUUGAGGAGAAUGGACUACCCAACACCAUGCCUGCUGUGGUACUGGAGAGUCAGAUAGUGAACACCUCAGAUAUUGUGGAUUCAGUACCUUCCCUCUAUUUGAAGAGUGCCAGCAUGUCCCAAAGAGGAUCAACUGUAGUGAUAGACUGUGAAUUCUCAGAGGUCUAUCCCGAGGCCUCAUGUGUCCUGGUCUACAGAGAGUAUGGCAGUCCUCUCCUGACAGUGGUGGACAUUCCCCAACUCCUUGAUUUCCCUGUCUCUAUCACUGUGGACAACCCUGAGAACUAUACCUUUGCACUGUUUGGGAAGAAUGGUGCAAUGAGUUUUGAUGAAGAGCCACUGGUGUAUACUAAAUUCAGUGACUCAGGUAAAAGAAGAAAUUUAGUUAUUUGGGAAACUUUCACAACAAUGAAAGUUAUGCAAACAUACUCAAAGACCAAUUAAUGGUUUAUCCUCCUGCAGGCACAGUAGUGGUGUGUGCUCUAGUAUGUGGCUCAGCAGUGUUGGUCCUGGUGAUGGUCAGACGGUAUAACCGCAGCAGGUCCACACCUGCAUCUGAUGCAGCAGGUCUCCAGACCAGAAAUGUGGUGUAUGAUGAGGUGGUUCUUCCCCCAACCACCACCUCAUCCUCUGUCAUUCCAACUGAACCCAACACAGCCUAUGUCACCACCACCACAAUACCCACUGACCAGAAUGUGGCUUAUGCUGUGCGUUCGUCCAAUACAUAAUAACGUUACGACAUGUGGCGUAUUCAUCAAAAACAUGUGCUACUGUUCUUAAUUAUAAAAAUUGACCACAACAAACUAGGAAAAAAAUGAUGUAUAUACCCUUUGAACAA